CCGUUUUCCCAUUCCACUAACUGGUAAACUAUCCUUCUCUCUAGGUUCACUCGGAGGACACACUUAAUAACAUGGAUUAUGGAAAUCAGUCCAUGGUAUCAGAAUUUGUGCUCCUGGGACUUUGCCAAUCAUGGGAUAUUCAAGUCGUACUGUCUGUGAUAUUUUUAAUGCUUUACCUAAUCAUUGUAUCUGGAAAUACCAUCAUCAUGUUCUUAGUCAUCACUGACCCCUGUCUCCAUUCCCCAAUGUACUUCUUUUUGGCCAACCUGUCUUUUGUUGACAUGUGGCUUUCCUCCAACACCACUCCUAAGAUGAUCACAGACAUUCUCAGGGAGAACAAAACCAUUUCCUUUGGAGGAUGCAUGUCCCAGAUCUUCUUUUCACACUUCAUUGCAGGACUUGAGAUGGUGAUACUGGUGAUCAUGGCCUAUGAUCGCUACGUGGCCAUCUGCAAACCACUCCACUACUCCACCAUUAUGAGCCUACAAAAGUGCAUUGCACUGGUGCUAACUGGCUGGACCAUUGGUUUUGUGCAUGCCAUGAGUCAAAUUGUUGUGAUUGUGCAGCUACCUUUCUGUGGUCCCAAAGAAAUAGACAGCUUCUUCUGCGAUAGACCAUUAGUGAUCAAGCUCGCAUGCAUGGAUUCCUCCAACUUGAAAAUCUCAAUGAAUGCCAACUGUGGCAUUGUGGCCGUGUCGUGCUUCAUUUUGUUACUGAUAUCCUACACAUAUAUUCUUCUCACUGUGCACCGAAGCUCAAAAACUGGAGCAUCGAAGGCCCUCUCCACCUGCACUGCCCACAUCACAGUGGUGGUGCUCUUCUUUGGGCCCUGUAUGUUCAUCUAUGUGUGGCCACUCAACGUCACCUGGAUGGACAAAUUUCUUGCUGUGUUUUACUCUGUUAUUACACCUCUCCUUAAUCCAAUCAUUUACACUCUGAGAAACAAAGAGAUGAAAAAUGCUAUGAAGAGAUUCAGAGGCUACUAAAUGGAUUCUAAGGGAAAUAUUUAGUACCAAAAAAGCUAACAAUAUUUAUUUACAGGAGAAUUAUCCCAUUAGUCUUUGUACACAUUCAACUAGGUUAAAUGAGAAUAUAAGUGGGUUUUGUCUGUUUGUUGCUUUUUGUUUUGUUUUAGAAUGGCAUA